AAAGGUAACUGCAGAUAAGUGAGAGAAGCUUCUUCAACUCAAACUCUCCUUCCUCAAUUCUCUGCACUUUUCUCUCAACAUGAUCUCCAAGUCUCUCUCUUUCUCUAAUUCUCUGCACUAAAACAAACAAAAAAGCCUCCGGGUUUUCUCCUCCUCCUCCUCCGCCGCCAUGGAGCCUCUCCCUCUCUUCCAAACCGUCGCCGUCUCCGACCGCCCCGCCCUCUUCCUCCGCAAGCUCCACCUCUGCUCCUCCCUCUCCGACUUCUCCCACCCCGAAGCCUCCGAAAUCGACCUCAAGCGCCAAACCCUACUGGACCUCGCCGACUUCCUCGACUCCUCCUCCACCGCUCUCACCCCUCAUCUCCAAGAAGCCUUCAUCCAAAUGGUCUCCCUCAACCUCUUCCGCUGCCUCCCUCCCCCCUCCGACCUCGCCGACGACGACGACGACCCCUACCAGGACCCCUCCUGGCCCCACCUCCACCUCAUCUACGAGCUCCUCCUCCGCUACAUUGCCUCCCCCCACACCGACGCCAGGCUCGCCAAGCGCUUCAUCGACCACGCCUUCGUCUCCAAACUCAUCGACCUCUUCGACUCCCAAGACCCGAGAGAACGAGACUACUUGAAGACCCUCCUCCACCGAAUCUACGGCAAGUUCAUGCUGCACAGGCCCUUUAUAAGGAAGGCCAUGAACAAUGUCUUCUACAGGUUCAUCUUCGAGACGCAGCGGCACUGCGGCAUUGGCGAAUUGCUCGAGAUACUGGGGAGCAUUAUCAAUGGAUUCGCGCUGCCGAUGAAGGAGGAGCACAAGCUGUUCCUCCUCAGGGCCCUUAUUCCGCUGCAUAAGCCCAAGGGGUUUUGGCAGUAUCAUCACCAGCUGGCGUAUUGUAUUAUACAGUUUGUUGAUAAGGAUCAUCAGCUUUCGGAGCUGGUCAUCAGGGGGCUGUUGAAGUACUGGCCGGUUACCAAUUGUCAGAAGGAGGUUCUGUUUCUUGCAGAGCUGGAGGAGGUUUUGGAGGCUACUCCGGCUUCCGAGUUCCAGAGGUGUAUGCUGCCCCUCUUUCGACAGAUUGGACGGUGCCUCACUAGCUCGCACUUUCAGGUUGCCCAACAAGCUCUAUACUUGUGGAACAGCGAGCAUGUUGUAAAUUUAAUAUCUCAGAACCGGACUGUGAUAUUACCAUUAAUCUUUGACGCGUUAGAGAAGAACACGCAGGGUCAUUGGAACCAAGGUAUACACGAUCUGACGGCCAAUGUAAGAAGAAUGUUCCAGGAAAUGGACUCAAAAUUGUUCAAAGAGUGCCAGGAGCAAUACUUAGAGAAAAUAACCAGGGCCAGAGUAUUGGCAGAGCAACGGGAAUUGACAUGGAAGAGAAUAGAGGCAGUCGCCGCAACUGCAGGGGCCGAGGAUAUGGUUUUGGUUAAUUAAUUAAAUAUAUGACAGAAAUAGCAAAAUUUUCCACCCACCGGUGGCUACUUUUCCCCCCAAACUUGUUCCAAUAUCAAAUUCCUAUCAAGGCCUUAACUUGGAACUUUAGACGGAGAAAAUAUGGAUAUUGUAGCAAGGUGUAAUAUAGAUAUUGAUAUUUUGGUUUCAUGAUUAAGUGUUAUAAAUGUCUUCUGGAUU